AUGAGCCUGACCUGUCAGCAGGAGGCCGCUAUAACAACCUCCACGCAGCAGGGACCACCCGAGACGACGGAUCCACCAGAACCACACCAGAACCACAACAGGACCACAACAGGACCACAACAGGACCACAACAGGACUACAACAGGACCAACACAGAACCACAACAGGACCACAACAGAGCCACAACAGGACCACAACAGGACCACAACAGAACCACAACAGAACCACAACAGGACCACAACAGGACCACAACAGGACCACAACAGAACCACAACAGGACCACAACAGGACCACAACAGAACCACAACAGGACCACAACAGGACCACAACAGAGCCACAACAGGACCACAACAGGACCACAACAGAACCACAACAGGAACACAACAGGACCACAACAGAGCCACAACAGGAACACAACAGGACCACAACAGAACCACAACAGGAACACAACAGGACCACAACAGGACCACAACAGAACCACAACAGGAACACAACAGAGCCACAACAGGACCACAACAGGACCACAACAGGAACACAACAGAGCCACAACAGGACCACAACAGGACCACAACAGGAACACAACAGAGCCACAACAGGACCACAACAGGACCACAACAAGACCACAACAGGAUCACAACAGAACCACAACAGGAACACAACAGGACCACAACUCUCCAAUGGGACUGA